UCUCUCGUUCCUUCUCACAACAGCGCUCUUUAAGCUCCGGUGCGCGAUACAGAGCGGCCAUUCAUCGAAGGGCAAACCAAACGAGGGGGCAGGGGACAGGGCGAGCGUCACACUGGUGGACAGGGGAACGCACGAACUCCCGUAUUGAACGGGCGACCUCCUAAACUCUGCAUUGGCGACAUCGGUGGAAGUGAAUGGGAAGUGCAAAGGACAGGAUUUGGGUACAUUCGAUUACGCACGAGUAGGCUAUGGGUUUACGCGUGGCAUAUAGGAAUAAUUCCAUGUAAAGGAGCGAGUCCGGAGCACAUCUCUCAGCUGUAGCUUCAAGUUUUGCAUUCUCUGAACAACUUACCAAAUUUUCCUGCAAGGAUAUUUUUUUGUUUCCAAUCGAUUAUAGCCUAUACAUUAAAAUGUCUGGAGAGGAGCACAGUCUAUCCGAGGCAGAGUUGAGUCCCGGGGGCUCAGAUGAUGGUCACUCUCUGUCACCGGCACACUCCGGGGCCACCGGCGGCCGGGACUCCCCGCUCAUCGGUCCGUCGCAGCAACUGACGGGGCUUUCUGGCGCAGAUGGCGGCGGAGAAGACGGUGGACUAGUACCAAAGUCAGAGGUGGAUAUGGACCGGUUCCCCAUCGGCAUCCGCGAGGCGGUCAGCCAGGUGCUGGACGGAUACGACUGGACGCUCGUGCCCAUGCCCGUGCGCGUAAACAACGGGAACAAGAGCAAGCCGCACGUGAAGAGACCGAUGAACGCCUUCAUGGUGUGGGCGCAGGCCGCGCGCCGUAAACUGGCGGACCAGUACCCUCACCUGCACAACGCUGAGCUCAGCAAGACACUCGGCAAACUGUGGAGGCUCCUGAAUGAGAGUGACAAGAGGCCUUUCAUUGAGGAGGCGGAGCGACUGCGGAAACAACAUAAGAAGGACUACCCAGAGUACAAGUACCAGCCCCGCAGACGCAAGAACGGCAAGCUGGGGACCAAUGGUGAGGGAGGGGAGGGAGCAGAGGGGGAGGGCAGCCACGCCCAGUCCCAUUACAAGGCCCUCCACCUGGAUGUGCACAGUACAGGGGCUGGGUCCCCCCUGGCCGACCUCCACCACCAUCAUCACCACCACCCUGCAGGUCAGGGUCACAGCCCGCCAACACCCCCCACCACCCCAAAGACAGAGCUCCAGUCUGGAAAGAUGACGGAGGGGAAGAGGGAGGGCGGAGGUGGCUCAGGGUCCUCCCGUGGAGGAGGCCUGGGGGUAGGAGCAGAGGGGGCCUCCGGGGGCCAUUCAUCAGCGGGCGGGAAACCCCACAUCGACUUCUGCACCAUGGACAUCGGCGAGAUCAGCCACGACGUGAUGGCCAACAUCGAGCCCUUCGACGUCAACGAGUUUGACCAGUACCUGCCGCCCAACGGGCACCCGGGGGUUGGCCAGGGAGGCGCCGCCACAUCAAGCUCCUCCGCUACAUCCUACGCCUACGCCCUCGCUGCUGCCAGCGGCCACUCAGCCGCCUGGCUCUCCAAGCAGCAUCAGCAUCAACAGCCCUCCCCCUCUGCCUCAGACGCCACCAAGGCCCAGAUCAAGAGUGAGUCCGGGGCCGGGAGCCACUACGCAGAGUCUUCCUCCUCUUCGUCAGGAACCCACGUCACCUACACCCCCCUCAGCCUCCCCCACUACGGAUCAGCCUUCCCCUCGCUGCCCUCCAGGGCCCAGUUUGAGUACGGGGAGCACCAGGCUCCGGGGCCGUACUACGCCCACUCCAGCCAGGCCCCGGGGCUGUACUCAGCCUUCUCCUACAUGGGGCCCAGCCAGAGGCCCCUCUACACUACCAUCACUGACCCCUCCAGCGUGGCCCAGUCUCACAGUCCUACACAUUGGGAGCAGCCUGUCUAUACCACCCUGUCACGGCCAUGAGAGACUGAGAUGCAUGGGAUCGGAUGUGUGUGUGUGUGUGUGUGUGUGUGUGUGUGUGUGUGUGUGUGUGUGUGUGUGUGUGUGUGUGUGUGUGUGUGUGUGUGUGUGUGUGUGUGUGUGUGUGU